UUAAUUAUUUAGUAUAUAGAAUUCUCAUUUUAAAGCCCUGCGAGGAACACACAACGGUUCAAGGAGAUAACAAUCGAAUAUAGACUUUUCGUGAUACUCCAAUUCUUCCAUAAUUAUACCUUUCGAGCAGCCAGGUAAUAAUGAUAUCAACAAAGCCGAUGACGUCAGAGUAACCUCUUAAAAAAUACAUUUGGAAGAAGAACUUGAUAUCCCCAGAGAACAAAUAAAACAGGAGCAAUCGGAAUAUGAAUCUCUAAGUUAUAAGUCUUCUAUAACCGAUGCAAGAAAUAUGAAGAAUGUUGGCAUACUACAGAUAUUUUUUUGGCAAGGGUCAAUAUUGAUGCAGUAUUGGAAAUGGAAUAAUAAAGUUCCUUUAGAGUCAUGAGUUAGGACGAGGGAUUGAGGCAGACAGGUACAAGGCAGAAAGAAUGGAUACGCAAAAUGCACCGGAAAUAUAAGUUCUCUUGCAAUGGAGGAUGUACGUGAAGUAGCAAAACUGUUCUUGGCCAUCGCAAACGGAAAGGUCCGCCAAAUAGACAAAAUACUUGGGCAACUGGACGACAUAAAUGUCCGAGAUGGAGAAAACAAGACACCAUUAAUGUACGCAGUAUGUUGCACCAAUGACGAAGUGCGCACACACGUAGUACGCUUACUGUUACGUCACGGCGCUGACGUAAACGCUCAGGACGAGAAUGGCCAGACGGCGCUGAUGUUCGCGUGCAUGGAAUGUGAUCGAGUGGACAUUGUGAGGUUGAUAUCGAGAAAUAAAAGAUGCGACUACAACGUACAGGACAGUGACGGAUUCACUGCAGUGAUGCACGCCAUAAAUUCGUCGAAUUUGCUAGCACUUCGAAUGCUCGUCGAUCUCUCAUUGAAACAAGACGUAGAUCUUAAGCUACGCAAUGCUCACAGCUUGAACGCCCUUGAAUUGGCCGUCAAGCUUCAAAUGCCGGAGUUUUGCAAAUGUUUAAUUAACGACGGAAACGCGAAAACCGGUUCGGUGCGAGAUCAGAAAGGACUACGCAUACUGCUUGACAGGGAUGCCAAACCGAACAUGUCGAGCAGCAAAAUGAUAAUGGACAUCCCAACUCUUCAGAUUCACCGGCCCGGAACACCAAUAUCCAACAGCUUCCGGCGAGAGUCGACGUUUGAUCGUGAUAUUAAUAGACUGUUAGACGAAGGGGACAACGGUAGAACGUCAAACGGUCCCAGGAUACGAGAACCCCCGACCCCUACAAGUUCUAGAAGACAGCAGGCGGAUUGGAUGGAAAGCCCACGGGCGUUGCGCCGCCCUCUGAAGCCCAUUGCGGGCGUAUCGGCGCGCGAGAACCAAGUGACUCCCCAUAAUUAUAUUCAGAGUUUACAGCCUGAAUCGCCCGUAUUCGGACACCGGAUGAAGCUUCCGAGUAUUCCGAGUGGAAAGCGACUAUAUCUUGUGUCCACAAAACGGGGGUCUUAUGAAAGUGCACAGGAAAUUACCUAAACGAUGAAAAAAAGUUGUGUAUUCAUUUUCAUUGAGUAUAUAUUUGUAACCUGUUAACCAUGUUUUUAUUUUUUUUUUUUGUUAUGAUUUUGUUAGAAUAUUUUAUUGCAAGUUUUGCGAUCUCUCUAAAUCAUUUAAAUCUAUAGGUAAAAUCAUUGUAAAUACGAACAGUCAUUGUUUGAUCAGCGAUUGUGUAUUCAGUGAAUUAUGGCCAAUUUUUUGUUUACCUUCGCAAAACGACGCCAAUAUCCCGGUUUUGGAAAACCUGUUUUUGCAUUAAUAAAACAAAUAAAAUUAA